UCUAUUUCCCACUCUACUAAUGAAGCACAAAGCACCACGCUUUCUAUUACACACAAACAUUAACCUCCCAUGGAAAUCUCAUACGAAUUUCGGUCAAUCCCAUGACGCUGGCCUCUUAUCUCAACCCCAAUCCAAUUAAAUAAGGAAACAAUUAAGAUUUUUGUUCAACUUUUUCCUUAUUACAAGCAAGAAACCACCCCAUUCCAAGCAACUGAAUCCAAUUUCUGUUGACAUUGCCGCCGCUAUUCCAAGAAAAGGUUGUGUGAGCUCAGUGGUUAUGAUACCCAUACAGUGAUGUGGAGAGCCAACUGUUAAAAGGGUUGUAUGACUCGCAAAUAUUAUCUGCUUCGACUGCAGCUUGAAAAUCUAUUUAUAGAUCAGGAAACUGGCUUUUGAAAUAUGGGAUAUGCUUUUAGCAAAUUGGAGAUGGACUCUGGACUUCUUGAUGGUUCGAGUUCCAAUGACGAGUUCAGUGGUAGUCCUCGGCUCAAUAGACAGUUGCAUUCCUUAGACCAUGAUAUUGCUCAGUUAACAAAGCUCCAAUCAGGGCCACAUGAAAGUUUUAGUCGAAUUCUUCAAGGGAAGCGUAAAUAUCCCGUCUCAACAGUGAAGAUGUUGGCGGGUCGAGAAACGAAUCUUUCGAAAAGAGGGAGGUUCUCAUCAGGAGACUGCCGUCAUGUUUUGAGUAAAUAUUUACCUGUUAAUGGUCCGUGGGUUGUGGACCAGAUGUCAACUAGGGCUUAUGUGUCGCAGUUUUCGGCUGAUGGCUCUCUUUUUAUGGCUGCUUUUCAGGGAAGCCAAAUUAGAAUAUAUGAUGUCGAGAGAGGAUGGAAAGUUCAAAAGAACAUUGUUGCAAGAAGCUUCAGAUGGACAAUUACUGAUACGUCCUUAUCGCCGGAUCAAAAACACCUUGUUUAUGCUAGUAUGUCACCUAUAGUCCACAUCGUAAAUGUUGGAUAUGCCGCCAAAGAAUCCCUUGCAAACGUCACUGAAAUUCAUGAAGGUUUGGAUUUCUCUUCUCCCGAUGACGGGGGGUAUUCUUUUGGAAUAUUUUCGCUGAAAUUCUCAACAGAUGGGCGAGAAAUUGUUGCUGGCAGCAGUGAUGAGGAUAUAUAUGUCUAUGACCUUGAAGCGAAAAAACUCUCUCUACGAAUCUCAGCCCACGCGUCCGAUGUCAACACUGUAUGCUUUGCUGAUGAAACUGGCCAUCUUAUUUAUUCAGGAAGUGACGAUAACUUCUGUAAGGUUUGGGAUAGGCGGUGCUUUAGAGUUAAAGGCAGGCCUGCAGGGGUCCUGAUGGGGCACCUUGAAGGCGUUACAUUUAUUGAUAGCCGUGGAGAUGGUCGCUACCUAAUAUCCAACGGGAAAGAUCAAGCCAUCAAGCUGUGGGAUAUCCGAAAAAUGUCCUCAAAUGCUACCUACUAUCGAGGACACAGGAAUUCGGAAUGGGACUACAGAUGGAUGGACUACCCUUCACAAGCGAGAGACUUAAAGCACCCGUAUGAUCAGUCCGUAGCUACGUAUAAAGGCCAUUCAGUCUUGCGCACUCUAAUCCGUUGUUACUUCUCUCCCGAAUACAGCACUGGACAGAAGUACAUCUACACGGGAUCUCACGAUUCUCGCAUCUAUAUAUAUGAUUUGGUUACUGGGGCCCACGUGGCGAAGCUGAAGCAUCACAAGUCGACAGUGAGGGACUGUAGCUGGCACCCGAGCUACCCGAUGCUGGUUAGCUCGUCUUGGGACGGGGACAUCGUGAAGUGGGAGUCUCGUGGGGGCAGAGAGGUGCCACCACGUGCAAACAAGGAGAUAUUGAGGAGGACACAUUUCUACUGAGCUUUUGGUGUACAUACAGAUUACAGACACUGUAAAUGUAAUGUAGUAAAAAACCACAUUUUGUAAUUUAUCAUCUUCAACUUGCAAUAAGGGGAAAUGUUCAUUCAUAUUA